CCUGCCCCCUCGCCUCUCCUCCUCCUCCUCCUCUUCCUCCUCCUCCUCCUCUCUUUUAGCAGCCGGGAUCCGAGAUGGAUGUGCCUCUUUGCCCGGCCAAGAGUAGUUUCUGGCGGAUUUUCCUGCUGGGCAGCGUGUGGCUGGACUAUGUGGGCUCGGUGCUGGCUUGCCCGGCCAACUGCGCCUGCAGCAAGACAGAGAUCAGUUGCAGGCGGCCGGACGAUGGCAACCUCUUCCCGCUGCUGGAAGGGCAGGACUCGGGCGGCGGGGCCAACGCCAGCGUCAACAUCACGGACAUCUCCCGCAACAUCACUUCCAUACACAUAGAGAACUGGCGUGGUCUGCAUACUCUCAAUGCUGUGGACAUGGAACUCUACACUGGCCUGCAGAAGCUCACCAUCAAGAACUCGGGGCUUCGGAACAUCCAGCCCAGGGCCUUCGCCAAGAACCCACACCUUCACUACAUCAACCUGUCCAGUAACCGCCUCACCACCUUGUCCUGGCAGCUCUUUCAGACACUGAGUCUCCGGGAACUGAGGUUGGAGCAAAACUUGUUUGACUGCAGCUGCGGCAUCCGCUGGAUGCAGCUAUGGCAGGAGCGGGGUGCGGCGCGGCUGGGCGGCCAGGAGCUCUUCUGCGCGGGCACAGACGGGGCACCGCUGCCCCUGGGCCGCAUGAACGUCAGCCAGUGCGACCUCCCUGAGAUCAGCGUGAGCCAUGUUAAUCUCACCGUGCGGGAGGGGGACAACGCUGUGGUCACGUGCAAUGGUUCUGGCUCCCCACUGCCCGACGUGGACUGGAUGGUGAACGGGCUGCAGUCCAUCAACACACACCAGACCAACCUGAACUGGACCAACGUCCAUGCCAUCAACCUGACGCUGGUGAAUGUGACCAGUGAGGACAAUGGCUACACGCUCAUCUGUAUUGCUGAGAACGUGGUGGGCAUGAGCAAUGCCAGCGUGGCCCUCACUGUGCACUAUCCGCCCCGCGUGGUGAGCCUGGAGGAGCCCGAGGUGCGGUUGGAGCACUGCAUCGAGUUCGUGGUGCGCGGGAACCCUCCACCCGCCCUGCGUUGGCUGCACAACGGGCAGCCAUUGCGCGAGUCCAAGAUCAUCCACGUCGACUUCUACCAGGAGGGAGAGCUGGCUGAGGGCUGCCUGCUGUUCGACAAGCCCACGCACUACAACAACGGCAACUACACACUCAUUGCCAGCAACGCCUUGGGAACGGCCCGUCAGACCAUCAAUGGCCACUUCCUCAAGGAGCCCUUCCCCGAGAGCACGGAGAACUUUGUCUCUUUCUACGAGGUGAGCCCGACCCCCAUCACUGUGACCUUGAAACCAGAGGAGGACACAUUCGGGGUGUCCAUCGCAGUCGGCCUGGCCGCCUUCGCCUGCGUCCUGCUUGUGGUGCUGUUCGUCAUGAUCAACAAGUAUGGCCGCAGGUCCAAGUUCGGCAUGAAGGGACCCGUAGCUGUCAUCAGUGGCGAGGAAGAUUCGGCCAGCCCACUGCACCACAUCAACCACGGCAUCACCACACCCUCUUCACUGGACACGGGGCCAGACACAGUGGUCAUCGGCAUGACGCGCAUCCCAGUCAUCGAAAACCCCCAGUACUUCCGCCAGGGCCACAGUUGCCACAAACCUGACACGUACGUGCACCACAUCAAGCGCAGGGACAUCGUGCUGAAGCGGGAGCUGGGUGAGGGCGCCUUCGGGAAGGUCUUCCUGGCCGAAUGCUACAACCUCAGCCCCACCAAGGACAAGAUGCUGGUUGCUGUGAAGGCACUGAAGGACCCCACAUUGGCUGCCCGCAAGGACUUUCAGCGAGAAGCUGAGCUUCUCACUAACCUACAGCAUGACCACAUCGUCAAGUUCUACGGGGUGUGCGGGGACGGGGACCCCCUCAUCAUGGUCUUCGAGUAUAUGAAGCAUGGGGACCUAAAUAAGUUCCUCAGGGCCCAUGGGCCAGAUGCGAUGAUCCUGGUGGACGGGCAGCCCCGCCAGGCCAAAGGCGAGCUGGGCCUGUCUCAGAUGCUGCACAUCGCUAGCCAGAUUGCAUCUGGCAUGGUUUACCUGGCCUCCCAGCACUUUGUGCAUCGAGACCUUGCCACGCGCAACUGCCUGGUGGGCACCAACCUGCUGGUGAAGAUUGGGGACUUUGGCAUGUCCCGGGAUGUCUACAGCACCGACUACUACCGGCUCUUUAAUCCAUCUGGAAAUGAUUUUUGUAUAUGGUGUGAGGUGGGCGGCCACACCAUGCUGCCCAUUCGCUGGAUGCCCCCCGAAAGCAUCAUGUACCGCAAGUUCACCACAGAGAGCGACGUGUGGAGUUUCGGGGUGAUCCUCUGGGAGAUCUUCACCUAUGGGAAGCAGCCGUGGUUCCAGCUCUCCAACACCGAGGUUAUCGAGUGCAUCACCCAGGGCCGCGUGCUGGAGCGGCCCCGCGUUUGCCCCCAGGAGGUGUACGAUGUCAUGCUGGGGUGCUGGCAGCGGGAACCCCAGCAGCGGCUGAACAUCAAGGAAAUCUAUAAGAUCCUGCAGGCCCUGGGGAAAGCUGCGCCUGUCUACCUGGACAUCCUUGGUUGAGGGGCCCCCCCGCCUACACCCCGCCUCAUGGCGCCUCCCUCGUCCUCGACUAAACAUCUUCAUAGAAACUCAAGUGCCUGCAACGUACAACACUGAAAACCCGAAAAAGAAAAAAAAAAAAGAGCGAGCGAGAGAGAGAGCGAGCGAGAGCGAGUUUCGUGUAAGGCAGUCGGCAUAUCCGUAUAUAUCUAUUUAUCUAUUAUCUAUCUAGCUAUAUCUGCAAGGGAGAGCCCCUGCUCAAAGACAGAGAAGAAUCGGGGGCCCCCACCCCCAGACGCCACGGCCUACGUCACUUGCCUCUUGCUCCAGCUGGUCUCCCCCCUUAGGGGGGCCAUGGAGACAUAGAGACUGAGAUCCAUGUGGCAACCGUCACCCCCAGGCUGGGGCACAGGUGGGGGAACUCCGGCAGAUUCAGCGAGUGUCUCAUCAAACCCUCCCAGCUCUGCGCCCCGAGACUGUUUCCUCCCCUCCCUCCGGAAAGGAGUCGUGAUGUUCUGGGGAGCCGGACAGACCUCGGCAACACCCCAUGUCUCCCCGCCAUGGUCAAGCUGGCCAGAGAUGAGCAGGAAGCCACAGCAGGGAGCUGGCACCCCUUUCUUCAAGGACUGGACAUUCAGGAUUGAAGGCUGCAGGCGCUGUCCCCGCCAUGUGGGAUGUGUUGUGUCCACGAGGCAGCCUUGGGAGCUGGUGGGGUGUCAUGGUCAUUGGACCCCCUUUCAGGGUGACCCUUGGGGGCUGCAGACAGAAGCAGGGGUCUUUGUGGGAGCUGCUAAGGUGCAGCCUGGCUACUUGGGUCUACCCCACUCCCCUAUCUGGCUUGGCUCAGUCUCAGGGCAGAUCAUAGUCGCCUUAUCUCCAGCCACUGAGCGAGCCUUGUGGGAGACUUGGGGGGCUGUGGAGGCAUAUUGCCAGGCUGGGUGGGGAGAGAGGGGUUGAGGCAUCUCUGGGGAGGCCACGGCCGGCCUGACACCCUGCGAUGACUGAGGAGCCUCAGUCCCUGUGCCCAGGAUGUGGCCCGGGGCCUCUGGACAGGCCCCAGCAAGACUCGGGGGAGCAACAUCCAGGGGGACCACGGGCCAUCGCUCCCAAGCACAGAUCAACCUCAUGAUGGGACCCUUCGGGGAGGGGUCCUGGGUGUCCCCUUCCCGCAGCUGCUGGGACAGACCCCGCGGGCCGGGGUGGGUCCAUCGGAUGCCCUUUGUUGGGGUCGGGACCUGAUUCUGUGUCCGUGGUUUUGCUGCUUUUAUUUUAUUUUAUUUUUUACAGACCAAAUCUUUUUAUUUGACAAGGACAGAGCCAGGCCGGGACUGUAUGCCCCCACUGGGGAGGUGGGAUUUGGGGGGGCUGCUUGGCUGGAACAUGGGGCAUGGAGGGCUGGAGACACCCCAUGGCAUGUCUGAGAUCAUGCCACCUUGUCCUUCCUCUCCCUGCUGGAGCAGUGGCACCUGGAGGUGUCUGGAUAUGGGGUGGCGGUGCAGCCAGACCACGAGGUUUGUGGGGUGGGAGAGGGCAGGCAGCCCUAGCCUCUGUGCCCUGCAGGUCCCCCCCAAAUAGAUGCCGUGUGGCUUCACGGUC